CACAGUGUGCGGUGUCCUUGUAUUCAGCCAGAGAGCACUUCUGUUGCAGUCAAUCCUGGAGAGCAUCAGCGGAGCAGAGACGUCAGAGUAUCCGCCCGGAGUGUCACUUACCUCGGCCAUCAGGAACCACAGUGUCCGCCCCCUUCUCAUCCUCUCCUCCCACUGACUGACUGACCCCCGGCUUGUGUGGCCGCUUUCUCCUUGGAUGACCUACACGCCGCCUCUGGCAGGAGCAGAGCACGUCGUCUCAGUGAACACCUGCUGGCUGAGAGGAGCAGCGGGGUGCGUAUUAAUACACAGCACGGGCAACAAGUCAAAGCGAGGCUCCUGCAGGCUUCAGGCCGACUCUGGAGCAGCUGACUUGGGCAACAAAAUAAACCACGUUGCGUCUUUCCCCCUAUCGUGACUGCGUGAGGAGGAAGGGACAGAGGACGGAAAAGUUGUAGAGUUGACCGCCAAUGUUUUCACUUCAUAACUAACACGACAGAAAGGCUUUUAAAGCAUAGACACUUCUUGAAUUUCUUCAGGUUACUCACAUGAUGUACACAAUCACCAGAGGUCCCAGCAAACUUGUUACACAACGAAGGACAGGUCCCACACAGCAGAUCGAGAGCAAAUUCAGCGACUUGAAACUCAAGCCGACAUCUUGGCUCACGUCAAACUCUCCACCUCCAAAAAUUGUGUUCAACCGCUUGAACGGGAAGCGCUACCACAGCGCGUCCACGCAGAAGCCUGACAGCACAGCAGAGGGAUUCACUCCUGCACAUGAGGAGAACGUCAGAUUUGUGUUUGAAGCAUGGCAGGAGGUGGAGCAGAAGCUGGGCAACGGCAGUGUUGGGGAAUCAACCGGCAGCCAGGGGCCAGUUCAGUACACUGAGAAGACCCCCAGUGCUGCGAUGAAGAACUUUGUGCCCAUAGACCUGGAGGAGUGGUGGGCUCAGCGCUUCCUCGCUAACAUCGCCAACAUGUCAUGACUGCGUGAGGCUGUGAGCCGGGACAGGAAGCCCCGUGUCGAUGCUCCAUCAGUGAAGGCAUCGCAGGGGUAGAGAGGAGCCGAGUCAGUCUCCAGGAUCUGCGGUGCGAAGGGUCGUAAAUAAUUUGGAAUCUGAUUUGAUGCCCUGUGCUUCACGCUGCUGUAGAGAAAACCAGGUGCACGACACAAAACCGCCCCAAUGCAACAGCACCCUGGCUGUGAACUCUGACAGUGUUGACUUGAUGUUGUGCUGCCACAAAGGACCCGCCUCUCUCUACUUGAAUGACAUAUCGGAUAGAAGUUGUGAGAUUCUUCCUUGUUUAAAAACCUGCCUCCUUUCUCAAGUGUGCUCAGCUGUAUGUACUCAUUGUCUCAUCUUUGGAUAUAAAUCUACUGAAGAGCAAAAAAGUAAAAUGUUUUUCCAAAAAUCUCUUGUGAUGAUUUUCUUUGUAAUUUGGCUACAUUUUAUACCUGGUCCAACUAAAAAUAGUUUUUCCAUGAAAUUCU